AUGGGAUUCCGGAAGGCCAAAGAGGGUGACCCACGGGUCAACUCAGAAGUGCAAAUUUUCGUCGAGAAUCUCCCCAAAACCGUGACCGUGCCUGAAUUGAACACGUUUUUUGAGAAGGCUGGCAAAGUAAAGAAGGAUCGAGACACUCGCCAACCACGAGUGUGGCUGUACCACGAUAAGACUACAAAUGAGCCCACGGGAGAGUGCACAAUCACCUACUACAACCACGAAAGCCAGGUGAAAGCUCUCAAGGAAUUCAACCAAGCCAUGUUCCAAGGCCAAACCAUUACUGUAACACCCUCCAUUGUUAAAUUUCACAUGGCCAGGGUACCGCCCCGGCGGGCCAAAGAAGCCGCACGUGGCAGAGGUGGCAGUGUGGGCCAUCGAGGCCGAGGCAAGCCCAGAAGUGAUGGAGGUAGUAAUUUUGCAACACCAAGAAUUGGUGGCUUUGGAACACGAGGACAGUCUAGUGAUAGAAGACGGAGCGGUCUUGAAGCUCCCUCGAGAGUGCGAAGUCGGUGUGAAAACGCUGAAACUACAGGGAGAAACGUGGAGCGAAAUCUCUCUGGAAAUACCGGAUCCCAGAAUCGUAGCCAAUCUUCACGAUCCAAAUCUGAUCGGCGUUAUCAACCCUAUUAA